UUGAGACUUGAAUUUUUUCCAUUAUACAUACAAUAUAACAUAUUGAAAUGAGUUAAAAGUAGAGAAUUUUCCAUCACAUCUACCUGCAACUCCCUCCAUUCUCUACAACUCUCCACUCAUAACUUCACAAGUUCCAGACAAGAUCAGCCCAUUUCCUCAAAUUUAUUACACACAUGGCUGCAGAUACAAUUUAAUUAUUAAAUUUGGAAGAAAAAGGUGUUCAAACAUAAUUUCAAGUCACAAGUCAGUCCAUUUCCUCCACACAUUACCAAUCUUCAUCCUUAUCAUCUCACCUUUUUUAAACCAGAACCCAUGUCGCCAAACCACCAAAACUCUCUACUGCAACCAGCUAUAGACAAAACCGGUAAACUAACAUUCAAGAACUGGACAUGAAGAGUUCUUCAACCAAGGUGAGUGGGAUGAUUGACAAGUGGAUAAUUGGGAAGACGAAGAAGGGUCAUUUUGCGGUUUAUACCAGAGAAGGCAAGAGGUUUUUGGUUCCGCUCUGCUAUCUGAAUCACCCAAUCUUCCGAGUUUUAUUGGAGAUGGCAGAGGAGGAGUUUGGGACGAAGAGCCAUGGACCAUUACAGAUUCCAUGUGAAGAAGAAUUGAUGGAUUUUAUUCUAUCAUUGGUCAGGAAGAAUAAUCCUUGUGAUGAUGUACAGGAAGCUCUUACCUCCAUGGAUACCUGUAAAGGAGCUUCCGUAGCUUCUUUCUUCCCUAUCUUUCACGCACAUAAUAAUCAACGACAGCAGCAUGCAGUUUAAUGGAGCUGAUUUCAUGCCGAUCAGAAGCAGGUUUGAUGUAUGCACCUACAUUUUGGCCUCCUCAUGCAUUACGUUCUUGUAAAUUAGACCAGCAGAGCUUUUCUUAGGCGGUUUUCUUUCUCAUAUUUCCUGACGAAAUAAAAAAUUUUAAACCGUUUAUUUCCCA